AUGCAUCGAGGGUCACGACAAUCACACUCAGCCGACAAGGCAGACCAUUCAGCUUCAACCACUACAAGAGUUCUUCGUUCCUAUCCUGCUGGCACUCGUAGUAGAACUUCCUCCAACGAUGAAAACUCGUCUCCAAACACGCACAUGUCCGACUCGUCUUUAAAAAGCCGCUCUGCUGUCAAGGAAAGAAACUAUACAUCUGUUUCUAAUAGACCGGCAUGGAAUGCUCGGAAAGUCCCUUGUAAAAAGCCCAAGCAAGAUCAACCCUCUAACCCUCCACAACAGCAGCUAUCUCACGAUUUGCAACCCCACAAUUCUAAACCAACUCGGGUCGACUAUGAAGGAGAUAUGCAGGCUGCUUACCGAAAAGAGUUGCAGAAAUGGAAAACAGCCCGAAACUCCCAAAAACUACUGGCGACACGAAAGAGCUUGUCAGAAACUGUAAAACCAUUUGUUGUUCCACUUCGACAGUCGUCUCCAAAACCAUUGAUAUCAAUUAUUCAAAAUGACAUAGUUGCUGAACAAGAAAACAAUGCAUCAAAGUCCAUUUCACAUGUUUCAAAAUCGUCCAAAAUCCCCCGUCCCCUGAAUCGAAGUGCUAGUGCUUCAUUUAUUCCAAAAAGAAUUCCAAAUCACUCGCUAUAUUCUACAAAUUCUGUAUCGUCUUUUACUAAAAAGUCUGAAUCUCCUACUAUUUGUCGCCACGUAUCAUAUCCCUCAUUAAAAUCUGAUGUACCUUUGAUAGAAACCAUAGUAGAAAAACAAUUUACAGUGCCUCAAAACCACUGGCUUUCAGACAAUACUUCUUGUGUUGAAAAAAGCAAUGAUCAGCCAUUUUUUGAUCCUUCUAUUCUACGAUCAACUGCAUUUGUUGGUUCUCGUCGAUCGUCACCGCAAGCUAGUGCUACUUUGAAAGCAUCGACUAAAAAAACUGAUACUAACAAACCUGAAUUGGAUCACGCCUUGAAGCGGCUGAAAAGGACUAGGCUGUUUCGACCAUUUAAUUGUGACCGUGUUUCCGUACAAGUUAUAAACAGUUUUGGAACCAUUGUUGGCGAGUCCAAAUAUGAUUUACCUACAUUCAACUUUUUUAGCGUAAAAGAUGCGCAGUCGGCUGUCAAGGUUGGCAACUACGAUCUUGCUCGUGCAAUAUUUCAGAUUAUUGCCGCAGAAACUCGGAAUACUGCUGCUGCGGUCAAGACGCCUAUUGGUAAUGGAAAAUGGUGCGUAAUGUCCAAACCUCCUACUGGGUUUUCACGUUUUUGGAUUGCGUGGGCCAAUUUGGAAGAAAUGUGUGGUAACAAGAUGACGGUCCUUGAGUUGUUUGAUCGUGGCGAUGAAGCCAUCACAUUGAGCAGUGAAAAAAAUAUUCUUCAAACCGAGCUGUAUACAUAUAUUCUUCGUUCGAGUGACCAACUUGGUGCUUCUGCUGAUGAACACGAUCGACACAAAAUGGACUUUGAUGACGAUAUUUCCGUUCCUGUGCCUACCAUCACUGAUCUAUCCGAAAUGACUCCCAGAGCAAAGAAAACACCACCGUUAUUGAAACCACUACAAUCAUCCCGUUUUACUCCUUACAACUCACUGAAAAAUUCAUUAGACAUCGACAAAGCUCUUGCUCCAAAACCACAAUUUGCUCAAUUGAUCCAUACAGUAGCCAAAAAUCCCGCGGCACAAACAAACGCAAAAGAAUUUGGCGAAUUGGUUGGCAUGCUUGAUCAGUUAUCAAUAUCAGAAGCUGCAACACCCAAGCAAAAACCCUCGACUCGCAUUACUCAACUCGGCACACUUCGAGAAUCACAGUUUGGCAAUACUUUUGAUGCUAAAGACACUAAUAGUAUAAGGGGAUCUGUUACUAUUCUCACUCCAGUUCGAGCCAAGCGAAAUGAUCGUGACAUUCUUGGUGUCGAUCAAGUUAUUACUCCUGUUCGACGCUCUGUACGAAAUUUUAAAGAACUCAAAAUGCAUUCAACUAGUUCAAGUGACGCUUUGGAAGAAAAGCUCGAGUUAAACACUACUUUGCUUCCAGCUGAAAAUAUGAGCGAAUCUGAGCUCAUUAAGCGCGAGUUACAGAGUUUACAUACAGGAAAUGUAUCCAGAUUAAUGGACAAGUUUGGCUAUGCGUUUGUUCCUAACAAGGCACUUACGCAAAGUCAGAGCAUUCCUACACCAGUUGCGUCUCGGAAUUGGUUGCAUUCCAAAAGCACUAAACCUGCACGUAAUCGUCUGCAGUCAAAUCAUGACAAUCCAACAUCCAAAUGA